AAAAAUCAAUUUUUUAACAAUUUAAAGCUUUAAAAAAUAUUUGAAACCAGUUCAAUAUAGAUAUUUAUUCUUUAAUUAUAUUUAUUUAUUUUAUUGUAUACACGAUUAAAUCAUGCCGCCAAAGCUAAAAUUUGUUGAAGGUGAAAAAGUGCUGUGCUACCACGGUCCGUUGAUCUAUGAAGCAAAAUGCCUCAAGUCUACCGUGACCAAAGACAAACAGGUCAAAUAUUUUGUGCAUUAUGCCGGCUGGAGCAAAAGUUGGGAUGAGUGGGUUCCAGAGUCGCGAGUACUCAAGUAUAAUGAAGCAAACGUGGCGCGACAGAAAGAAGUGCAAAAGAAUGCUCCUGUAAAGGGCAAAAAGACCAAAGCGAAAGCAAAAACUGAUGUAAACACUUCCAAAGUAACUGAUUCAAGGGCAGGUACACCUGUGUUAGAAGCAGUAGCAGACAAGAAGACACCAAAGGCCAAACAACCUACCAUACCAUCAAGCAGUACAGAACCAGAAGUACAGAAAAAGAAGAGAAUCAAAGUUGAAAGCAUUGCAGAACCUGAGGAGGAAUUUGUUAGCAAAAUUGAGGUCAACAUCAAAAUACCUGAAGAUCUUAAACAAAUACUUGUUGAAGAUUGGGAUCUUGUUAACAGGCAGAAAAAAUUGUGGUUGUUACCAGCUGCUUUGACUGUUGAGGAGAUUCUUGAUAAUUUUGUUAAUCACAUGAAAAGCUCCCACAAAACUGCAUCAGAAUCUUCCAUAAGAGAAAUUGCGAAUGGCUUUAAAGAAUAUUUUAAUACAAUUUUAGUUACACAGUUGUUAUAUAAGUUGGAGAGGCCACAGUAUUCCGAAUUUGUUGAGGAAGAAGAAGUUCAACCAAGUCAAGUAUAUGGAGGUGUUCAUUUAUUGAGACUGUUUGUUAAACUAGGGGCCAAUUUGUCUUACACAUUGCUGGAUGAUCACAACAUUCAGUUUCUCGUCAAUCGCAUACAGGAUUUUUUCAAAUAUUUAUCUAAAAAUAACUCAUCUGUGUUCAAUAUUGUGGAUAGUGUUACGCCAUCACAAGAAUAUUACAAGAAAGCCGCUUAAACUCAAAGAAAUACAAUUAAUAUAUCAAA